CUUCAUCACACGGGAUUGGGCUCGGUGACACCUGGACCACCCGGUGGAAACGGUGGCGAUAGUACAACAUCGAGCACUCCCGUCUCACAAAGUGGAAAAUCGGCAUUCAUCGAAUUGCAACAUAAUAAUCUGUAUAAUCCCGCCAGUCUACGUGGUGGUUAUCCCGGAGGACACAAUGUGCCUGGUGCUCAUCAAUUCCCGCAUCAAGUCGGCGCGCUAAGUCACCAAACAUCCGGACCAGGCAGUGGGAACCAGCAACACGCGGAUGCAGGAUUCCCCAGUCCUAGGUCCGCGCUAGCCGGAUAUCCGUUCGCGCCCAUGCACCAGCAUAACGCCUAUGGAUAUCACCUGGGAUCGUACGCGCCCCAGUGCCCCUCACCGCCCAAGGACGGGUGGUGCAUGUUCGCAGACCUCUCGCCAUUGGGUGACAAGGGUGGCAGUCUCGUCGACGAGCUCGGCGGUGGUGGCGGCGGUUCCUUGAGAAACGGUAAAGGCAAGAAGAUGAGGAAACCACGGACGAUCUAUAGCAGCCUUCAGUUGCAACAGCUUAACAGGCGGUUCCAGAGAACGCAAUAUCUCGCGCUACCAGAAAGAGCGGAGCUCGCGGCGAGUCUUGGACUAACGCAAACCCAGGUGAAAAUCUGGUUCCAAAAUAGAAGAAGUAAAUACAAAAAGAUGAUGAAGGCGGCGCAGCAGGGCGGCGGUGGCGGCGGAGGGCAACACAGCAGCCUUCUAGCCGGUGGAACCGCUCUACCUGGAGGACCAUCCCCUCAACCGGGUCAACCAGGAAGUCUCAUGCAAGGAGGAGGCGGAAGUUCCGUGUCGGGCAGUCCGACGACGGGCUAUCUCGGUGGCAUGGGAGGCGGCGCAGGGGGUCACACCCCCGGCAGUUCGAGCCCCGGAAGCGAGAUGUCGCCUCAGCACAACGAGAGCCCGCCCGCACCCUCUUGGCCGGGCGAGAUGAAGCACCAUCCGCAUCCGCACGCGCCACCGCACACUCACCAUCACCCCCAUACGCCUGGCCACCAUCCACCGCCGCCACCGCCGCCGCCGCACCACGCGGGUUACAUGCCACAGUACUCCUGGUACCAAGCGGAUCCUAAUCCCGGACUACUCACGGUGUGGCCGGCGGUUUAACGAAGAUGUCCUUCGAGCUGUGUUCAGGAGGAACCGCUUCUUCGUAGCACCGCGGACGUGCCAGCGCCCCUGCCCCAAAGUGUGAAUACGUAUAGCACCUGUCGCGAUGGACUUCGCGUUCGAUGUUAAUAAAUUGUUUCUAUCUCUUAACGAGAGCCGCGUGUUCACCGAUCGGUCAACGACAAAUUGGUCGUCCGUCGUUACGACGAAAAAUCAAAGCGUCGCGAUCGUACGAUCUAUAGGGAACCAAUCGCGAUGAUAGUAAGUUGGAAGAACGCAGUUGUCCUGCAUCGACGAGAAUGAACGAACUUUUCGUGAAACGAAAACGUUCGGUAGAGAAUCGAAUUCACGUACGAUUAUGCAUCGCGAAUAGCGAUUCGCAAAUGAUGCACGACUCGAUGUUCACGUCGAUGGAAUUUAUAUGAAACGUCUAUCGACGACGAUGAACGAUCAUUCAUGCUUUACCUGUAAAUGAAAUCAUCGAAGAGGAGGGAAAAAGGACGGCCGAAAAAUCGCACGACAGAUAACGACGACGUACGAAUCAUCGAAUAGAUGUAAUAGAAUCUCCUUGAUCGGAGAUCGACGGCAGAUCGUCCGCGUUCGCCUCGCGAGCUUACCGAUCGCUCUUCGUCGUCGAACGCACGGAACCAGGCAAAACCAGCUGACGAUCGAUCGAUCUAACAGUGACUGAAUUAUCGAUAGAAUUUCAAUGAUCGUGAAACGAUUAACAAAGUGACGAGGAACAGUUUCCGCCGCUUCGUUAAAUGUCAAGAUAGCGGUCGGCUCUUGGUCGAGCUGUUGGCAAAUUAUCCAUCGGAUGGUUCUCGCGGACCAAGGAUGUUUUCGCCACCUGAAGGAGGAGACACGAUGUUUCGCGUUCUAAACGAUUCACAACGAUUCCUCGGUUUCCUUCGUAAAUGUCAAUCUGUUUGUUAGAUGACGUUAGAUCGGUCGAUCCUUUGUGACAGUUGCCCAACCGAGGCGGCUGACCCACUUCGUGCUCUGGAAGCUGGAUCUCGUCGGAUCAAACGGCAACAGAGCGAGAAGAGAACAGAAAGGCGGAGAAGCAGAAAGGGUAACCGCGAAAGGGGACAGAAAGAAGGACGGACAGAGACGAGACGGGCGAAAGAUGGAGAAAGACGGUUUAUGGAGAUAGAGAGAGAAAGAAAGAAAUAUUGCACAAACUCGUCGUCGAGAAACAGUCGUUCCUCAAGGCGGUUGGAAGUAAUGAAAUCCUAAUGACAUUUUCGUGAGUCAAACGAUCUCGGCAAUCACGGUGGCGCGCUGUAAUCACCGGUCCCUCCUUUCCGGAUGAAGCAACCGAACGCGGUGGACCCUCCUCCGAAAAGGAGCGGAGGACACGAAGAGAUACGCGCGAUUUACCACGAAACCCGAGGCCGUGCACAGUCAGUGGAAAAAAUCAUUAUCUCGGUCGACGACGCGACGGACAGUUCUGACAAGUGCGCGUUCAUUAAAUUCGUGAAAAAAAGGGGAAAAAGAAAAAACGAAACAUUCGUGAAAGCACGGUCUCGGGUCCAUCGUGGCUCGAUGGAACAUCAAGCGGAAACAUCUGUCGCGGAGACAGUCUCCGCGAUCUCGUGAAAUCUUUCUCUCCUCUGACCCGCAUAUAGUUCGUUCGAAAGAUUCGAUUUCUUUCGGGAAUAAAUCCUGCCGCCCUCUCUGUUCGUAAUUCUUCAUCGAACAACCUUCAAUCUCAUACCUAGAGGAUGCAUCGAGAAAACGAAAAGGGUUUUACGCUGUUUUUACCGUUUCCCGUCGGCCAUGCUGAAGAUCUCCACCCUUUUGCCAUCUUUGCCAUCACCGGCCAACGAUAUAGCUAGCUUUCAAAGAGACGCCACGAAACCGCAGGAAAAGAGAACGAACGUUUGCGGUUUGCGACUAGGGGAAACUGGGAGGGUCGGUGAGCCCCACCGCUGACCCAAAUCCUCCGGCGUGUCGGUGUAACACAAUGGUCGUCUCAUGAGAACGCGGUCUCGUACGGUCCCUUUACUUCCUCAUUCUGCCUUCUUUUUCGCCUCCGGAGAUGCCACCGUUCUGGCCGAGAACGAACUCGAGGAAUCGCGAAACUUUAACAAAACUACGUCGAAAAAAUCUCCUCGACUUUCUCGGAUGUCCAAUCUCAACUACGACAUCUAUUUUAGUCUUGAAAUUAUAUUAUUACAUUUCCUUUUACAUUUAAAUUGAAUCGUUUUACAUUUCAAAUCGAUAGAUCUCUUUUUAUCGUCGAUAUUCCAAAUCCUAUUCAAUGGUUCGCUUUUUGUGAUUAUUAUUUAAACAACCUAUUUUUUGCGUUCAAUAUAUCCAAAUUCUGUGUCAAUGAUAUCUUUUUGGUAAUCGAUACAUACAAAUUCAAUUCAAACGACUCAUUUUCUGUGAUCGACGAAUCCAAAUUCUACUGCGAAGGUUUUCUUUUUAUGAUUGAUAUCCACAAAUCCUAUUUCGGUUUAAAGAAAAAUUCAUCUUUCGAUCGACAAACGUAAACGACAAACAAGUCUCGAGCUUGUUCCGACGGAGUUACGUGUUUCGUGUUUCCCCGGCGAUCUCCGUUAGAAUAUUUCCUCGAGCGCGCUCGAGCUUUCCCAUCGUGAAACUCUCGACAUGGGAACAGAGUACAAAGCCAGUUUCACGCCGCUGGACAUCUGGAGCCAUCGCGUGUUACCUCGAAAUCCGCGAGAAAGAAGUAGCCUGAAGCUAGCGAACGAGCAGAGAAGGGAAACGACCGACGACGAGCAAGAUCUGCGUCGACGUGUUUUCUCUCCCCUUGUAUCUUCUAUCCUGGUCGAAAUUUUUCCCAUCGUCGCGGCUUUACUCGUCGUGUUCGUCGUUGUCGUUCGACAAUCUGGACGCGAUAUCACGGCUCCGGAUUCAGCGCGAUGAUGACGAGAGAUGACGAACAACGAUUCCCUCCGUGUAUAUGUACUAAUAAGUGCCGUUAGAUUUCGACCGCAGAGGCUGCGAGGCGCGGAACGGCGACGGAACAGCGGUUCUUGCGUUUAGAUUCGGUGCAAUAAGGAGGCGUGUGCGUGUAUAAUUUAAGACGAAGCUCCCUCAGUUCCUAAAUUGCGUGUAGAGCGAGUGAAUUGCGAAAAAACAGCGUAAAACGAUUCGAUUCGCGCGGCGAACUGGACGAAAGUGUUUUGCCCGGCGAUUCUCGCAAACGCGUUAAAAGACACAUCCUGUAACCCGUUAUUCCAAUUUUUUUCCACGCGUAUUUUUCGUCCCAAGAUCCCGGCAAGAAAAAGAAAGAGAAGGUAAAAGGAAGAAGAAAAUAAAAUAAAAAAAAAAAGAAGAAAAGGAAGAGAAAAAGAACGUUGAAGAGGGAAGCGCCCUGUGACAGUGUGUCGGUCACUUGCAAGAGCGUAACGUGUUGCAGUUUAGCUUUGUCACGCUUUCGUCGAGUUCGCGGGAUAAUAGAACGUUGGCCGAGGACGAGCGAAACGGACUUUAACGCGAUGGAAAACGAAGAGAGGCGCGCGAGAUGAGAAGAAAUAUAAUGGAAUGACGAACAUCAUACGGAAUAACGGAGAAGAAAAUGAUAAAUAUAUAUUGGAGACGAAGAAAACGAGAAGAGAGGAGUCCGUAGAAUUUACUAGCGUUACUAGUCCCGGUGCAAGUAAGCGGGGAUCGAAUCGAGCGGCGUGAAACAGAUUUAUAAAUGAUCGAUCCCUUCUGGUGCGUGUAAAUAUUGCACCGGGGCCCACCCCUGUUAGCACGUAAGCCGUAAAACAAGUGAAAAAAAUCUGUGUAUAAUACGAUAUUGUGAUAAGAUGUGUAAAGAUACGAGAGAACGCGAGAGAGAGUGUCUGUGAGAGAAAGAAAGAGAGAGAGAGAGAGAGAGAGAGAGAGAGAUAGAAAGCCAGAAAUCGUCUAUAUACAUAUAGGUUAAUAAAAACACGGCAGACCCCAAUUCAUCAAUUUUAUCGAGUACCCUUGUACGAAUAUAGAUACUACGAGGACUAAAAUACCUUAAUUAUGAUUACUAUUGUAUAAAAUAUGAAUAAUAACUAAUUAAUUCAAUUUAAA